GGAGUGACACACACACACACAGAGCACACCGAGAGGACUUGCCGCUUCACCGCCAGCGGACUGGAGGAUGCGGUCAGGCCGGUCUGCGGCUGUGGAGAGCGGUUAGUGCGGCCGCGCAGCUCCGUGGCGCGCGGACGGCGCCCGGCUCCCUGCUCCGACAGCUUGUUUCUGGACUUACUGGAGUUUUUUUUUUUUUCUUUAACCAAUUUUUGAAGGACAUUCUCGGACUGGUUAUUUUAGAUUUUUGUUCCCCCUCUUCCCGCCCGCCGCAAAGCCACAGAGUUCGAUCUAAAUGUAUUUUUCUCCAGCAGGACUUUUCCGCGUCUUGGCGAUGGGACAUUCUGCAGAGACACUCCGUGUCCGCAUGUGGGACGUUUGACAUCGGGCUGGAAUAAUGAAUUAGAUAACAGAUAUCUGCUCUCCGUCUGAUCCCACCUGUUUUUUUUUUGUUUUUUUUACGUCAUGUUCACCCGAAAGAAAUGUGCACAGAAAAACUUUGGAGCACAUCACAUUGUGUAUAUUUAUUUUUAUCUUAAUGGACAAGAAACAAAAGAGUGAAAACAAGGACACAGUUUAGACGCGUGUUUGGACACAGUUUGUCCAUUUAUCCUUGUCCUUGGAGAAGUUGGAAAAACAAACAAAAAAAACAAUUGAUGCCAGACAAUGACAACUUUUUGGACAGAAAAACACAGUGCAUCCUGCAUGUCUGGCAUACUGGCCGUCAUGUGGGAUUGAUUGUAGGGGAGUAUGUUUGGGCUGGAGCAGUUUGGUUCUCAGAUUAAUAGCAGAAACCCUGGCCAGUCAGAGAGAAAUAUAAACCAACCCAGACUGAACAUGGGCUCCCAUUAUAAAAAUCCUGGUUUUCACACCGGGGGCCCUACAGGAGCUGUGGAACCUGGUAUGGGCCCCCUGACUGAGCCACAAAUCCUGGGGCUGAAUAUGAACAUGAACGGAGAACAGUACGGGGGCUUUCACCCACGGGGCCACUCGGACAUGCACACAGGCGGCGGACUUCAGCAGCAACAAGGACCCAUGCAUGGAUUUUUUAACAACCAGCAACCUCAUCAAGGACACCCUCAUGGCCAUCAACCUCACCCCCACCAACAUCACUCACAUUUCAGUGGGAAUUUUGGAGGCCCUGAGUCAGGGUCAUCCUGUUUGCAUGGUGGCAGGCUAAUGGGCUACAAUAACAAUGGCAUGGGACCACAGCAGGGCUUUGGAGAAGGGUUUGAUCCUCUCACUGAGGGGCAGGCAGGAGAUGGAUUUUCCCAGCAGCAGCAACAGCCGCAGCCACAGCAGAGACCUGGUGCCAUACCCGACUUCCAACAUCACGGGCCUCCUAGCGGCAGCCAUGCUGUCCCAGCCCCAUGUCUACCUUUGGACCAGUCACCUAAUAGGGCAGCAUCGUUCCAUGGUCUCCCAUCCUCCUCCUCCUCUUCCUCUGAGUCUCACGGCAUGGAACCUCGAAGGAUGCCCAACCAGGGUGCUGUAGAGGGAUUAGAUUAUAACUUCCCCAGUGAGCCCACAUCUGGACAUUUUGACGUACCUGUGUUUUCCCCAUCUGAGUCAGAAUCCCAGUUACCCCAUUUUGGUCCUGGAAGGCCGGUCACCAGUGGAAAUUUUCCGGGAAACCCUGGCAUGCCACGGACACAAGGUAUGCAGGGCAUCCCUAAAGGACAUCAGCCACCGCCGCAGCCCCAACAGCCUCAGCAUGGAGUGUUUUUUGAGCGGUUUGGAAAUGGCCGCAAAGUACCUGUGGGAAUGGAGCCAGGAGUCAAUGCAAGACAUCCUCUCAUGCAGCAGCAACAACAGGCUGGCAUGAUAGCUAGACAGAACUCAUGUCCCCCUGGCCUCCCCCGACCGCCACAAGCUGAGUCCGGCACCACUAACCCUAACAUUCUGGAAGGAGGGGUCAUGAUGCCUGGCCAACACAACCAGUUUGAAUAUCCCAUCCACAGACUGGAAAAUAGGGGACUGCACCCCUAUGGAGACCCCAUGUUUAAUAUGCAACAGCCAGCUCCUCCUUCCCAACAGCCUUUGAAUCAGAGGCUGCAACACUUUGACUCUCCUUAUAUGAACAUGGCUAAAAGGCCGAGAUUUGACUUUCCUAAUGCACAUGGUGGUGAAGGUUGGUGUGGUGGCAUGGACAACCACCUUUCACCUUCUGCUUACCCAGGUCUGCCUGGAGAUUUCACCCCACCUGUGAGUGAAGGUUUCCCCCCAGGUCCCCUGCAGCAUCCAGGGCCCGAGCAGCAGUCUCUGCAGCAGCGCCAGAAUGCAGCCAUGAUAAUCAAACAGAUGGCCUCUCGUAACCAGCAGCAGAGGAUGAGGCAGCCCAGUCUUCAGCAGCUGGGUCACCACGGUGAUGUACCUCCUGGCCCCAUGGCUCAUGGAGGCCCUGUUGGGAACAUGCCUCAGCCCAACUUUGACAGGGAGAAUGGUGGCAGGAUGCCCAGUAUUGAUGGACAGAAUGCUCAUGUAACUCAGGAGAACUCCUGGUUCCAAGGCUCCCACCCAGCAGGGGAGAUGAUGUCACGCCGCAUGGGUGGAGCAGGUAAUGAAUCAGGGACCCACGACAUGGGGCUACAGCAGAAUGGGGCUGGGAUGAUGUUUAGGCCAGGCAUGGGUAUGCAGGAGCCAAUGAGGAUACCAGGAGAUGGUCAUGUGCAGGCAUUGCAUUCCCCAGGCAUGCACUCCCAGUUCAGCAACAACAUGGGUAACCUCACGCAGAUGCAGUCUCCAGGAGGAGCAGCGGGACAUCCAAAUGCACCAGCAGAGAGGCGGCCAACUGAUUUCCCCGCACCACCGAUGGGAGCUCAGUCAACAUUUCCCUAUGGGGGCGCUAACCGUCAGGGUCCACCCCACAGCACCCCUCAGGGUGUAAGCACCUCACCAGGGAGCUACCCUCCUCCAGCCGAGUUCCCUUCAGGUCAGCGGUCUUCUGUCAGUAAGCUUGGUGCUCUGUCCCUCGGGAACUUCAGCAAAACCAGCACUAAAGACAGUGUUUUUGGUCAGAGUUGUCUGGCAGCCCUUUCAACAGCCUGCCAGAAUAUGAUCGCUAGCCUAGGGGCCCCAAAUCUCAAUGUAACAUUUAAUAAGAAGAACCAAAAUGAGGGCAAGCGAAAACUGAGUCAAACAGAACAGGACAUUAAUAGCAGCACAUCUAAUGGGACUGGCAGUGCUGGUCCUGAAUAUUUUCAGAGCAGUGCUUCUCAGAACAGCCAGAUGCCUGGCACCGGGAAUAGCAGCUCUAAGCCUGCAAGUCAGAGCCAGACGGUGCAGGGGGAAGCCAGUGCCCUCUCCCCAAAUUACAACAUGGACGCUACCCCGUGCAGUGAGGGGAAGGCAACAACAGGGAGUGGGAGAGGGAGAGGGAGGAGAAAAAGAGACAGUGGACAUGUGAGCCCUGGAAUUUUUUUUUCCUCUGACAAUGGUAACCCUGUUGUAAGUCCAGGCCAGCAGACCCCCUCGGCUGGCAUUGGGGAGAGGGGUGGGGGUACGCCUCAUGAAAAACACCUCCAGUCGCCCUCUUGGGGGAAAGGAGGUGACUUAAUGUUGGGGGAUCAGGCUGACCUGAUGUCAUCUCUGGACAGUGGCAUUCAAAGUGUCGCCAAGUCUGACAGUAGCUCACCACAAGUGGACUUUCCUGACGAUGUCAGCACCCACUAUGGCAACGAGGAUGAAGUGUCCUCCAGCUCAGACGCAGGAGGGGCCUCAGCCACAAAGCCUAAUCGCAGCCCUAUGCUCACUGGCUCACCCAAACUGCAGAGAGGUGACCAUGGGCUGCUAAAUGGACAGAAACCCAUAGGCAUGGGCAUUAACAAUCACACUACCUCGACAGCAGACAACUACGGACUGAGUGCUGGUGGGGGCACAGGGGUUAAUGGGGUUAGCCACCCGGGCACUCCUGGGGUGGAGCAGGUACGCACUCCGUCCAGCAGCUCUGGCCAGGAAGAGAUCCAUCCUCUGGAGAUUUUGCAGGCCCAGAUCCAGCUACAGCGGCAGCAGUUCAGCAUCUCUGAGGACCAACCCCUGGCCAUGAAGAAUGGCAAAAAGAAUGCAGACUGCCCCUCACAGAAUGGAGACAAUGAGCUUGCAAGCUGCAGCCCGGAUGCUGGAAAGGGCUCAAUGGGCACUAUUGACCUUGACACCCUCAUGGCAGAGCAACACGCCACCUGGUAUGUGCCCAACGACAAGGCCAUGAUGGACGGCUCGGAAGAGGAGAAGGCCCUGGGGCCCUGGGAGAAAAAUAAGAGCCAAAAUAACAGUAAAGAAGAGUCGGAGUUGUCUCAGAGUAAGGCGGGAGCCGGAUGCCCCGGGGCCGGAGCAGGCGGUGGCAACGGAGGGAAUCACCUGCAGUGCCUGUCCGUCCACUGCACAGACGAGCUGGGGGACAGUAAGGGACGAGGGGGCCCCGUCUCCUCCUGGCGUUCGCUCCAUUCUGACAUCUCCAACCGUUUUGGAACAUUUGUGGCGGCGCUGACUUGAACUUAAAAUCAGGCUCAGAAAGAAUUCUGAGAGGUUCUGAGAAGAA